AUGGAGGCUCUCAUGCGCGUAACUGAUACCGUCAGGUCUUUCCGGGAGUCUCGAUUGAGUGCUCUCCGGCCAGUCAGCGAGUUUUUUGACCACCACCGUAUUUCAAAACCUGCGGAUAUGAAUACCGCCACUUCAAGAAUCUCAUAUAAUACACGAUACUUUUCCGGCAAUUAUGGUGUUAUUGUCGGCGUCCUCGCUGUCUACGCGCUGAUCACGAACCCACUCCUGCUAAUCUCACUGGGAUUCCUUAUCGGUGGAUUUACAGCAAUCAACAGAUUUGCACCCGAGCCCAUGCAAGUCGGUGACCAUGUUGUGACCCAAAAGUCGCUCUAUACAGGGCUCUUUGUCAUCGGCAUUCCUCUACUGUGGUUCGCAUCCCCUGUUGCCACGUUCUUCUGGUUAGUCGGUGCUUCGUCCGUCCUCAUCUUAGGACAUGCGUCUGUGAUGGAGCCUGGCAUUGAGAGCGAGUACGCGACAGUUGGAGAUGCAGUCUAA